AUGGUCUGGAAUAUCAAGUCAGACGUGAAGAAGAAGACGACCGUCAUAUGUUUGUUCACGUCUCGCAUCCUAUGCCCCAUUCCCACCAUUCCCAGCCUCAUGCGAACCGAGUUCCAGUACGAAAACGGUGACUUCACUUGGCUGGCCGUCACUCCAACUGUGUGGCUCCAGAUAUCGUACAACCUCGCCAUGAUCACAGCCUGUAUCCCUACUAUGAAGAAUUUGUUCGACAACCUGUCUGGGAACUUUUCGGCGGAGAUCGACGCGCCGUACAAAUUGACAGCCGUGACUGGGACCAGAAGCAUGGGAUUCGAGGCAUCGGCGCUGGGCCAAGAACCGAGCCAGGCACACUCUCACAUUAGUACACAAGGCACAAGCCUCAACCUUCACACGGCAGCGCCCAACCAGGCAGCAUGCUAUGCCACGGACGGAAGGCGGUACAGUUAA